AUGGAGACAAACUUUGACAUAACACCAGAAAAGCGGGCAAGCUUCUUGUCCUUUUUCAAACGCCAGCUUUUCCGGCAAACAGCGGUCCUGACGCGGGACGAGGUGAAUCUCGCUGGCCAAACAGUCAUAGUAACCGGCUCCAACACUGGCAUCGGAUUCGAAUGCAGUUGCCAGCUGAUGGAUCUUGGCGUCAGUAGGCUAAUCCUUGCGGUAAGAAGUACCAGCAAAGGUGAAGCGGCACGCAACAUAUUAUUGUCCAAGAGAGUUGCCGAUGAGCAGAUUGUCGAAGUAUGGCAAUUGGAUCUGUCCAGCUAUGACUCCAUUACAAAGUUUGCACAACGUCUCAAGCCGCUGAAAUGCCUCGACAUUUUUGUCCACAAUGCAGGUCUCAACAAAAGGUCGUUCCAGCUCAAUAACGAAACAGGACACGAGGAGUGCAUGCAGACAAAUUAUUUAUCGCUUGCUCUCCUUACCAUCCUAGUAUUACCGAUAAUGCAAGAAAAGAGGUCUCUCAAGGGCCCAGGUCGGAUUCUACUUGUCUCUUCCGAGACUGCUGCUUGGGCGCCAUUCAAAGAGAGGGAAUCGGCCCCUCUACUGGCUGCUUUUGAUAAAGCCGACAAUUUCGACGGUACCCAACGCUAUUGGAACUCCAAGUUGCUCGGCCAGCUGUUUCUGUCGGAACUUGCAAAGCGCAUCCCAUCAUCCGUGGCAGUUGUCAACGCACCCAAUCCAGGACUAUGCUAUGGGUCUAGCCUGACCAGCGAAUGGAAUGGCAGCGUUCUGGGCUACAUCUACAAUGCGGCUGUGCGAGCCAUUGGUCGUUCUACCUCUGUCGGCGCCCAAGCACUUACAGAUGCUGCAGUCAGGCACGGUACCGAGUCUCAUGGGCACUACAUAGAAGAUGGGAAAUUGCAACCCAUGGCUCCCCUCGUCUAUACAGAGGAAGGCAGUAGGAUUGCGAAAAGGCUUUGGAAUGAGACAAUGGAGAGUCUCGCCUUUGCUCAAGUAGCCGAGAUUGUGCAACACCUAAGUCAUUAG